AUGAGCCCGGUUGACGGUCAGAUCCACCCAGAAAACAACUCAUGGGACGGUCUUAAUAUACCAAAUGGGGUUCAACCGGGCCUUCGAGAAACCAACGAGGCGGUAGAGGUUGAAGGGGAGGUGGAAAUCGUUACCGAGGAGGACAUAGCAAUUGAUGUCCACGUCAAUAAUCGAGGUCACUCUAAUGGUACACGAAGUGAUACUUACCACUCUAGACCUUUUGUCCCGUGGAACCAAAACUUCACCAGUUACCCCCAAACCCAUAACCCCGCCCCAAUUUAUUAUGGAUCUAAUCAGUACAACACAAAUCACCAAUCUAACAAUUUACAAACCUCAAGUGAUGUCAAACUAUCGAUGACUUUUUCCUUGGAAGCAACUCUUCUUAUGGUUGAAUCAAGAUCAUGGUAUCUCAACGAUGUAUUCAAUGAAAAACAAGUUCAAUCUUCAAUAGUACCAAACUACGCCUUUACACAUCAAGAGUUUGCUGUCACCCUUCAAAAUGAAGCUUACCGAAGAUAUAACUCUUAUGCAAGUCAUGUCAAAUUACAGAAGGAUGUCAUCAGAUCAAACCCUACGAGAUUCGAAAUUGGACCUGCUUAUACGGCUCAGCCCAAAGAUCGAUAA